CUGCCUCUAAUUGGUCAAGGUCACACUUCAGUGACAAAUUGAAGUGUGACAUUCUCCUUAACAACCAUAGUGAGUCAUUCAACAAAAGUCUACUGGAGGCAAGAAAAAAGCCAAUUAUCCCCUGUUUGGAGGAUAUUAGGAUUGCACUUAUGGUGAGGUUGAAUAAUAGGAGAAAUGCUGCAGCUAAGUGGAGAUGCAACGUUGGACCCAGAAUUGAAAAGCUUUUGAAGAAGAAUGCUACCUGGAGUCAUGAUUACAAGGCGCUGCAGUCAAGUGAGCAGAGGUUUGAUUUGCAAGGAAGAGGGGUUGCAUGUGAGAGUGGAGUAAUCAGUCAACAUUUUGUUCAACUAGAUAUGAAGUCAUGCACUUGCAGAAGAUGGGAUCUCUCUGCACUCCCAUGUGGACAUGUUAUAGCAGCACUUUAUAGCAAAGGUUGGAGCCCAGAUGACUUUGUCUCUGAGUGGUAUACUAAGAAGAAAUAUUUGGAGGCAUAUGAGGUUGUCAUAAAUCCCAUUGCUGGUGUGGCUGAAUGGGAAAAAAAGGAUAGGUCAAUAGCACCUCCAUUGUAUAGGAGGCAGCCAGGGAGGCCCAAAAGCAAGAGGACCAAAGAACCAGGUGAGGAACCCCUACUAGCUGGAGUUGAAAGGCUCCCAAAAAGCUACUACUCUCAGAUCACUUGUGGCACAUGUCACCAGAAGGGUCAUAAUAAGAGGACUUGUCAAAGAAGGAACCAAGUAACCACAUUAACUCCCUAA